CCGCCCCGCCUCCUCUAUCCCGGAAGUUGAUGCCGCUCUCCAGAUCGCGUGCUGCUCGCUAGAGGUGUCGCCUUAGAGAUCUGGACUGGCCGGGAUUGCGAAAGGUUCAACAUGCCUUUGGCUAGAGAUUUACUACACCCGUCCUUGGAAGAGGAGAAGAAAAAACAUAAAAAGAAACGGCUAGUGCAAAGCCCAAAUUCCUAUUUUAUGGAUGUAAAAUGCCCAGGUUGCUACAAGAUUACCACGGUUUUCAGCCAUGCUCAGACGGUGGUUCUUUGUGUAGGCUGUUCAACAGUGCUGUGCCAGCCAACGGGAGGAAAGGCCAGACUCACAGAGGGGUGUUCAUUUAGAAGAAAGCAACACUAAUGAUCCACACAACCUCUUGAAUUUGUGUUCUAUCGCAGAAAGCCUUAUCAGUUCAGUAAUUCCAGUAAAUCUACCAAGAUAUGUAAUUACGUUUAAUUUUGUAAGGUUUACAACAGUGAUCUCCUAUUUUGGUGUCAGUUUUUCAAUAAAGUUUUGAUUAUGGGCAAA